AUGAUACAAAAUAACAAAAUAUCCGACGAAAUUCUAGCUAUUGAAUUACAAAAUGAUCAGAAUGAAAAUACAACUUUAAAAGCAGAAAUUGAAAAAAAUACUGAAUUAAAAGGAAUAGCUCUUUUCAUUUACCCAAAGGCAAACACACCUGGUUGUAACGAGCAAGCAAAGUUAUUUAAAGAAAAGCAUCAAGAAUUUGUACAAAACAAAUAUGCAGUUUAUGGUUUGUCUGCAGACAGCGCUGAUAAUCAGCUAAAAUGGAAAAACGAUCUUGAAUUACCAUUCACUCUUUUAUGUGACACAGAAAAAAAACUUUUAAAAGAAAUUGAAUGCUUAAAAGAAGAUGACAAAAUUUUAAGAUCACAUGUUGUUAUAUCCAACGAGUUUAUAGUGUUUUAUGUAAAAAAAGGAGUAAAGCCAGCUACAUCUUGUGAGGAUGUCUUAAACUUUAUCAUCAAUGGUGAAGAAAAAGAAGAAGCUAAUGGCGACGAAACUAAAGAAGAAGAAGGUAAAGAAGAAGAAAUUAAAGAAAAAGAAGUUAAAGAAGAAGACAAAAAAAGUAGCGAAGAAAAGACAAAUAACCAAGAUAAGGGAAAAGUAGCAAAAUCUUCUGAAGGUAACGGAAAUGUACAGAAAAAGAAAAAAGUUGUUAAGAAGAGUAGCAAUAAAAUUAGCAGUAAAAGUACAAAAAAUGGAAAAAACAAAAAUAAUAAAAUAGUUAAAAAGUUUGGUAAAGUAAAGAAAGAAGUUAAAAAGAAAUUAAUCAGCAAGUCACAAAAGAAAAUUGACAAUAAAAAAUCCAAAAAUAAAAAUAUAAAAGGAAAAAAUGUUACUAAAAAAGAUUCAAAAAAAAAAGCUAAUGUUAAGGAUGAAAAAAAAAAUAAAAAUAAAAAAAACAACUCAAAAAAUAGCAAAAAUAAAAAUGUGCCACAAAAAAAACAAAUGAAAAUGAGCAAAGGAAAUAAACACGCUUCCUCAUCAAAAAACACAAAGAAAGUUCAAAAUAAAAAAAUUGAUAAAAAAAAUAUUAGCAAAAAAAAUAUUAGCAAAAAAAAUAUUAACAAAAAAAAUAUUAGCAAAAAAAAUAUUAACAAAAAAAAUAUUAACAAAAAAAACGUUAGCAAAAAUAAUGCUAAGAAUACCAUGAAAAAAAAAUUAAAAAAAAAGUAA